AUGGCCUCCUGCCCCCACCGACCAAGGGCUGGCGUUCCAGCCGGAGGCCGGAGAGCGGGCGAGCGCAGCCGCGGACCGCCGGAUCCCCAGCACCGCGACAUCAGCCCAGAGCUCCGAGGGGCGCCCCAAAGGAGCCACGACCCGAGGCCCCGGCUCCCGUCCGCGGCGGGAGGAGCCCCGUUAUCCGGGCCCCCCGGGGCGCACAGCCGCCACCUGGGGCCGGGAGUCCGCGGAUCCGGUGGUGACACCGUAGCCCUGUGCUCGUCCACCCGGAAGGGGCUGCCCGAGCUCGGCCCUGGGGCGCUACCCCCUCCGCCCCCCCCCCGCCGGGAGAGGCCUCCGCCCCGGACUCACAAGUUGGGGUCCCCCCCGCCGCGCCCAGGCUGGGCGACCCCCGCGGCAGCCCAGGCUGGCCCUGCCCUGCGUCUCCAGCCCCAGCCUCUCCGCUCCUGGGGUCGCAGCAGGCUGUGCCCCCGCUCCCCGCGGCGCCCACGCGUGCACCCCAGCCUGGGCCAGGGUCCCCUCCAGACCCUCGGAGGUGGCUCUCCCGCCCGGGCUAGCGGGCCGCGGGCGCCUGUCGGGACCCCCAGCCCGAGGCCGCGCCCCCUGCCGGAGCCGCGGGGAAGUGCAUCUCCCCCGGCCGGGAAGGGCUGGGCUCUGGGCGUGGCGACCGCCUGA